AUGGAAGCCCUCUCCUUAGAAGAAAAAGGAGGACAAGAAGCAGAUAAAGAAGGGGAAAGUGCCCUUGAUGAUGUAGCAAAACAGUUGGAUAAACAGACACUGGAGGAGAAAGAAAAAGAUGACGACGAUGAAGAUGGAGAUGGAGAAGGAGAUGGAGCAGCAGGGAAAAAAAAGAAGAAGAAGAAAAAGAAGAAAGGACCAAAGGUCCAGACAGAUCCACCUUCUAUUCCAAUAUGUGAUCUAUAUCCCAGCAACGUAUUUCCAAAGGGUGAAGAAUGUGAAUAUCCUUCAACUCAGGAUGGGCGUACAGCUGCUUGGAGGACAACUAGCGAAGAAAAGAAAGCACUAGACCAAGCCAGUGAGGAAAUCUGGAAUGAUUUUCGGGAAGCUGCAGAGGCACACAGACAAGUGAGGAAAUACGUUAUGAGCUGGAUAAAGCCUGGAAUGACAAUGAUAGAAAUUUGUGAAAAACUAGAAGACUGCUCGCGGAAGCUGAUAAAAGAGAAUGGUUUGAAUGCAGGUCUGGCCUUCCCUACGGGCUGCUCUCUGAAUAACUGUGCUGCCCACUACACUCCGAAUGCUGGAGAUCCCACAGUGCUGCAGUACGAUGACAUUUGCAAAAUAGAUUUUGGGACCCAUAUUAGCGGUCGUAUUAUUGACUGUGCUUUUACAGUCACGUUCAAUCCAAAAUAUGACAGACUAUUACAAGCAGUAAAGGAUGCCACUAACACUGGAAUAAAGUGUGCUGGAAUAGAUGUGCGUCUCUGCGAUGUUGGAGAGGCCAUCCAGGAAGUUAUGGAGUCUUACGAGGUUGAAAUCGAUGGCAAAACCUAUCAAGUGAAGCCAAUUCGCAAUCUGAAUGGCCACUCCAUUGGGCCCUACAGGAUACAUGCUGGAAAAACAGUGCCCAUUGUGAAAGGAGGAGAGGCAACAAGAAUGGAGGAAGGUGAAGUAUAUGCUAUAGAGACCUUUGGCAGCACAGGAAAAGGUGUCGUCCAUGAUGAUAUGGAGUGUUCUCAUUACAUGAAGAACUUUGAUGUUGGGCAUGUGCCAAUAAGGCUGCCGCGAGCCAAGCACUUGCUCAACGUCAUCAACGAGAACUUCGGUACUCUGGCCUUCUGCCGCCGCUGGCUCGAUCGCCUCGGCGAGAGCAAGUACCUCAUGGCCCUCAAGAACCUCUGUGACUUGGGCAUCGUGGAUCCCUACCCGCCGCUGUGCGACAUCAAGGGCUCCUACACGGCGCAGUUCGAGCACACGAUCCUGCUGCGCCCCACGUGCAAGGAAGUCGUCAGCAGGGGCGAUGACUACUGAGCUCGGAGCCACCUCAGCACCUUUAUCCUUUAGGCUUUCUUGGAACACCAUAUUCCAGAAUUAAUUUGYGACAUAUUGGCUGGUUUGACGGUGGACUGACUGACGCGAUGCUUUCCGUGUUCGGAAAGGAAGGGAUUUUAUCAAAGGCAAGUCUCCUARUGUAACUAACCAAGGAAAAACAAAACAAAAAAAGCUUUCAGGCCUUUAGAAAUAUUUCAAAAGUUACUUAUUUUUUCUGUUCAGGGAAAUAUGUGGCUCUAAAGCUCAAUUUUUAGUUUGGAAUGAGUUAUACAUUUUGUUUUGAACAUUUAUGAUAAAAGAUGCUUUUCAAAUAUUUAUAUUACCAUAUUCCUACUUGAAUGCUUCAAAUGACUUCACCUGAUUUCUGCACCUAAGUCCUCUAUGAUAUUGCC